AUGGCUCCGCCGAAGAAACGAGACGACAACUGGAUCGAUGGCCUGCGAGGACUUGCCUCGUUUAUCGUCGUUACAGGCCAUCUCUGCGUCGCCUUUGCACCCAUUCUGCAUUCCCCCGCCGCCGCGGUGGACAGAGGACCGAUCCUCUUCCAACUGCCCAUCUUCCGACUAUGCGUUGGCGGACGAGCUGCCGUGGCGCUCUUCUUCCUCGUCACCGGAUUCGUCAAUGCCAUGAACCCGAUUAAGCACUUUAACAAUGGAAAUCUGGGAGUCGCGCUGCCGAGCUUAGCCCGUGCCGCAUUCACGCGGUUUGGGAGAUUGAUCCUGCCCACCAAUGCUGCGGCCUUGGUUGCGUGGGUGGUCUGUCAAUUUGGCGGUUUCAAUUUGGCCAGGAUCGUGGAGUCGGAUUGGAUUCGGAGUGUGUCGAAAGCGCCUGGCCCGACGCCGUGGGAGGCCAUCAAAGCGCUGAUGCACAACAUGGUAUUCUUCUGGCACGACGGGAGCGGGACAUACGACCCCACGCAUUGGGCCGUUUUGUACUUCCUCAGAGGCUCCAUGAAGGUCUACCUCACGCUCCUAGCCACCAGCCUGGUUAAAACCAGAUGGCGAGUCGCCAUCAUUAUCCUCCUCCACUCCUUCUCCUGGUGGACAAAAGACUACAUCACCGGGAUAAACAUCUACUCCGGCAUGCUCUUCGCCCAACUCCACGCCACCCUCGGCGCGCGCUCCACCUCCCUCCUCCCCAAACCCGUCCCCACCAUCCUCAUCCUCACCGGCCUCAUCAUCUGCUCCUACCCCCAGAACAACCCCGACUGGAUGCUCUGGUCCUCCUUCCUCAAAUCAGUCAUGACCGCCGUCAUCCCCCCCUCCGCCACGGGCUUCAUCAACCGCUACUGGGUCAACAUCGGCACCUCCACCCUAGUCCUGGGCGUCUUCACCUCGCGCAACGCACGCCGCAUCCUCUCCCUGCCCCUGUUCAAUUUCCUGGGCCGCGUAUCCUUCGCCGUGUACCUGCUGCACGACACGUUGAUUCGCAGCAUGCUGACCUGGAUGAUCUAUGGGGCGAACGUGGGCAAGACGGAUUUGUCGGUGGUGAACGAGAAGGGGCGGCCCAUCAACCGUGUGCCGCCGGCGGGGGCGGGAGUGUUUUUGGUGGCGAUACCGGUGUUUUAUGUGGUGCUGUAUGCGGUGGCGUAUCUGUGGACGAUGCAUGUGGAUGUGUGGUGUGCGAAUGCGGUGGUUCGGGUGCGGGAUAUAAUGUUCAAAAAGGACGAUGGCGGGGGCGUGGUGAAUGGGCGCGGUGGGGGGAGUGUGGCGGAGAAGGAGAUGGAGUUGCAGCAGCAGCAGCGACAGCCGUUGAUGCAAGGGGAUGCGCCGGUACUGCCGGUUACGAAUCAUCAUGUUUCUUCAUAA